GAGCUGGAUAGAUAUUCAAGAAGGGGAAUUUGUUUAUAUAUAUAUGCGAGGAGCAAAUAGACAAUGACAAGUCUUGCUUUGAUUCUGUCAACAUUAACCUGAGAGGAUCCCAAAGGCCUCUUUCAUGUAUGUAAUUCACAUGUGAUUUUGCACCAGCUGAACGCAAACAUUUUCCAGAAGCCAACUUGUCUCCUGUUGAAAAGUUGAACCCUUCUUCUUCAUGUACCCCACUCCUCUACCUAAUUAAUAUAUACCUAUCGACUCUCUCCAUCUCCACCAUUCUUCACCGACAGACAGAAAUAUCAUCAUCUGUAUCUUACAUUGGCUGUUUUUAUUCUUCUGCAAGAAACCAGAGAAAAGAAAAGAAAAAACAAAUUUAGGGAUGGGUUUCUUAGAGUUAUUGGAAGUGGCUUCGAUGCCUAUAGUCCAAGUUCUCCUAAUCAGCGUCCUUGGUGCUUUCUUGGCAACCGAUUACUGCUCUCUUCUCUCGGCUGAUACCCGAAGAUCCGUAAAUAAGCUCGUCUUCGUGGUCUUCACCCCCUGCAUCAUGUUUGCCAAUCUUGCCCAGACUGUCACAUUGCAGGACAUUAUUUCAUGGUGGUUCAUGCCUAUAAAUGUUGGAAUCACCUUUCUAGUAGGAGGUAUUCUUGGAUGGUUGGUUGUCAAGCUGCUCAACCCAAAACCCCAACUUCAUGGUCUCAUAAUCGCGACAUGUGCCUCAGGCAAUAUGGGAAACCUUAUGCUUAUUCUGGUCCCUGCCAUUUGUGAUGAGGAAGGCAGUCCUUUUGGGAAUCGAAGUGUCUGCAGAUCCAUUGGACUAUCCUACGCAUCUUUCUCUAUGGCCCUCGGGGGUUUCUAUAUUUGGACAUACAGUUACCAACUUGUGAGAAGCUCUGCUACGCAGUUCAGAGCUCUUGAAGCCGCCGGCUUGGCCAAGUCUCCCAACAAGGAAAUCGACUCUGAUCCCCGGACUCUUCUCCUGAAGCCGCAACAAAACCAAGACCUUGAAAUCCAAGUGAAAGAAAAGGUGUCUACGGGGACAUACAUCAAAGACUUGCUCCAUCAGAUUCUUGAGGAACUCUUUGCGCCACCCACUAUUGGUGCCAUUCUUGGUUUCGUCUUCGGAGCAACCAAUUGGCUGAGGAAUCUUAUAAUCGGGGAGAAUGCCCCGUUACGAGUCAUCCAAGAUUCAGUGAAACUACUUGGGGACGGCACAAUACCUUGCAUCACACUCAUACUUGGGGGCAACCUGAUUCAGGGUCUGCGUUCCUCAGCCGUGAAAACGUCAGUGAUUGUGGGAGUGAUCUGUGUGAGGUAUAUCAUCCUUCCCGUGGUGGGUGUAGGGGUGGUUCAAUUAGCAUGGAAUUUAGGUUAUCUUCCUCCGGACCCUCUCUUCCGAUACGUUCUCAUGCUUCAGUUCACACUUCCACCUGCCAUGAAUAUCAGUACAAUGGCACAGCUGUUCGACGUCGCUCAAGAUGAGUGCUCGGUCAUCUUUUUGUGGACCUAUUUGGUUGCAUCCUUAGCCCUCACCGUGUGGUCAACCAUAUUCCUCUCUAUUCUCUCCUGAAUCUGCAAAUGGUUGUAUUACUUGUAUUGGUGUAUAUUAAGUACUAUGUUUGGUUUGUUUGAGUACCAGUGUAUUCAUGUUGCAAAAUAAAACAGAGAAAGAAGACCUAAAAGAAGUCUUGUCUCUGUUUUCUUUUCUUUUCUUUUUUUCUAAAAAUGAGGGCCCAUAGAGAGAGAGAACCCAAGUAGGAGGAGAGGCGUGUUGAAGUUGAGCACAUAAUAAAGAAAGAAAUGUGCGCGCGGUUGGAUCUUCCAAUGUUACUUUGCUGCUAGUGGUUCGCCCCUUUUCACUAAUUUCAGAAACUUCUACGCACUUUUCCUCCCCGCCUUAACUAUAUCGCUCUGUAAUUUUUUUUUUUACAUUUAUUAAGAUUUUUAAACAAAUUGUUCUAAAUGAGCAAACAGCUAAUAAUAAUGAGUCCACCGGAAAAAUUGGAUAAGCCAAUGAUAAGAAGGAUGCACUAAAAUGAUCAAUGAUUGAACAAAAUAGGUAUCGUCUUUGACCUAGAAAAGCAUUGUAAUAAACCAGUCUCAAUGAUCAUUUAGUAAGCGGGCCAAAGAAAGGGCCCUGGAGCUCAUGCAAUGCUAUAGACUCAAAUGAUGCAAUUUCCACUUUGUACUUGCCAACACUAGGGCAGUUCUAGACAAAGAGAAGCCUACGCAUUAAAACGAGGAUAGACCUAGAAAUAGAAGAAGUAUAGAAGCGACCAAACUUGAGCGGCCUUCCAAGGUCACCACUUCAAAACCAGCCCUUUCGCCUACUUCACAUUAAGUGGCCAUGUAGCUAAAGUAUCCAAAUCCAACCAGUGUAAUUUACAGGAUCUUAUAAGCAAAGACUCUCACAGUGUUAGUUAACCGAGACCUUCCAACAAAGCUAUCAAUCAAUUGCUUGCCUUACGAGCCAAGACAAAACAAAAACAGACGUUUGCUUUGUAUUGGCUUCAUAGUAUAUUACUUAUAUUGACUGUUAUAAUUGGCCCAUAGCUUCCCUCUUCCAGGAUUAUUUCCAUUUUAUUAUCUUUAAUCUGAUUAUAAUAAAAUUUUCUCAAUGUGAUUUUAAUUAUCCAACGACUCAAUUCACUGGCUUGGCUUUACAAAACAUUUGAACAAGGUGUACUUGCCUUGGCACAAAAAGAAAGUUGUGUAGCUCUUGUCUCCAGUGGCCAGUGCCCACCCAAGUAGGAAAACGAGAAUCUUGAGAAAAGAGAUAGACUGAACCUUCAUUUGCCGCACCUGGACUCACCUCUGUUGUUGUUACUGUUGUGCUAUGGCACGCUUGCGGACAUUUCUGGAUCUGCUAUUUCCAUCACACAUUAAACACUCAAUAAGUUC